UUCCGCAGCCAUUUUGGCUAAAGCCGUUUGAGCCUCACAUUUUCACAUUUGAUAUUCAAAGACGUGUAAGCAGCAGUUUGAAGAUUACAGGAUGGAGCCUGAUCUGCAAGAGACCGGCGUCUCUUUUCAGGAAGACUGGGUCAUUCAUCGCCACAAGGGCAUCAUCACCUGCACUUUUUUUGCUGCCGAUUACGAUCAACUUCGUUCUCGGUUGCGUUCCAAGUUGCUGGAAGUGGUGCGAGCCAAUCCGUGGAUGCUUGGGAGGUUCAAGACGUGCAAGACGCGCAUGGAUUGCCCGACGACUGUGCCGCAGAGCAGUGAUGAAACGCUCCUUGACUCCUAUGGACUGUGGUUGCCUGAUGGAGAUGCAGGUCGGGGAGACUCCCGCGUUUCCCGUUCGAGUCCUUACCCGGUUCUGAACAAGGCUGUCGUCGAUCGGUUAGGCCCCCUGGACGUGGCAACAACCCUGAAGGCGUUCAAGAAUAGGCGCCCCUUGUCUGAAAGCAGUCUUUUCCGCUUUACGAUGCUGCGUGUCAAACCAGAGGAGUGUGCUGUUCUUUUCGGGAUGUCUCACUACGUCGGCGAUGCGCACACGUACUAUAAGAUCCUGAAUAUGUUAGGACCCGAGCAGAAGGUCGAGGCGAUGGAGAUUCGCCGUGUAAUAGAAGGGAGAAGGUGCCAAGAAGACAUAUCAGCGUCGAUCCGUAAUGUUACAGGCAAGCAGGCCGACAGUUUCAAUAGAUGCAUCCCUCUGCAUUUGGUCAAAUCAGUGUUGAUGAGCGUCUUCAAGAAUAAGGGGGGGCGCGCGGGUGAGACUGGCGUUUUUUUCGUGGACAAUGAGAAGAUCGCAGAGAGAAAACGUGCAGAGCUGCAGGGGAUUGCCGAGACAAAUGCGAGUGGAAAGCAAAGUAUGGCCCAAUUUGUUUCCACAAGCGAUAUCAUAGCGUCUGAUUUUGCUGUUGCUAGUGAAGCAGAUGUUUUCACUUACGUAGUGAAUUUCCGAAAUCGUGUUUCCAUCAUGAAAUCAGAGCCCGUUCCGCUCUGUGACGACUCGGAUGCUGGUAACUAUGUGGUGGGAAUUCCGUACGACCGUCCUUCGUACAUCAGUCCAGUGAGAAUCCGCGAAUCUCUCAUACCCAGAAAAGACGCUCCUUUGAUAUGCAAGAGUUCUCCCGAUAGUUUCCCGGGAUUGUUUCGUGUGAUUCAACUGUCGUGUGUCAGCAAUUGGGCUAGCUUCCCAUUACAUUUAGAUGGAGGAGAUGCUAAGACGUUGUUGCAUUUGCCGUGUCUGAAUUUGAAUAUGUCUGCCAGCAAUUACUUGAAGAAUGCGUUCGAGCUUGCCUAUGUUUUCAGAGCGACGCCUGAUCGGUUAGGUUUCAUGGUGGUCUCGAAUAGUUGUGUGGCAGCAAAGUACGCGAAGGAAUCGUCCAUUCUCGGGUGCGGAGUAUUGGAGGCAGGGGCGGUUUUCGACAAUGCUGCGUAUUGAUGUAGCAACGCUGGUUGCUGCUCUUGAAAUAAUUCCGUUUUGUGCAGGGUUGCAGUGCACUGUCUAAUUUCUUCAACCAGCACGAGCAUGUGCGGCCUUAUCUUGCAUACCGUCCUCAAGUUCUUUUUCAAGUUUUUGGUCGUUGCGGGAAUCGAUCGCCCUGCAUGUUCAGUUGUCGCCCUUGUUUCAGUCGUGCCUUGCGGCCGCCCCCCCCCACAUGUGCGUCCAUCGCGCAGCGAGCAUCCCCUUACAUGUGUAAGAGCCCCUCCCAUCGUACACGCAUAUUGUAUAAGAAGGGACAUAUGUAGGGAAACAAGGCGAUCCAAGGGAGGGGUAAGGGGAGGGGUAAACCCCUCCCCGUAGGGAAAGAGGGUUUUUCUGGAAGAGGGAAGAGGAAUCCCGUUGGAUCACCUGUGCCCAGAGGGCUGGCGUGAUAUGUUGCGUGUGCUUGGGUGGCGCAAGGAAUAAGAGUUUGUUUCGCCAUGGCUGCGACGUCAUUCUCCGCGACUGUUUGUGUUGCGUUGCGUUUUCGUCGACAUGUGAUUCGGAAGAGCGUGAGAUGCUGCAUGUCUGGCCUAACCAUAUGUUGUGUGUUGGCAUGUUUACUCAUGUGUUCGCACGAUUCACGGUGAUAUGUGUUUUGCAUAUUUGCUGGAGGAGUCCCCGCUUGUCCGUUGCCUGAGAUAUCCUUCACAGACAUGGACUUCACAUUGCCGUUCAGCUUGUGUUGCCAGUCCGUCUUGGAAUAAGAGAAACAUGUGUCGCGCGUGAUUCUCUCCAUGUCGUAGAGGUCAGCGCGCUUCCCAACGUUUCGCGGAA